AUGGUUGCAAGUGUGACGGUUGAAUCUACAAUGACGAAAGAUGGUUCGUCAGCAACACCAUUGCAUUCAAGUUCACAUGGUUCUCAUGUAUUAGCCGCAAGUAAAUCAUUGCUUUUAGACCCUGGUAAUCAUGAGGAUGAGCAUUUCAAAUCAAAAAUGUCUCCUAUGAGAUUUGCCAUUAGAAAAUAUUUAACGCAAUUCACAGAUGAGCAAUCAAUAUAUUUAUCACGUUGGCAAAAUAAUUAUUCAACUAAAUUUCGUGAUUUAUAUUUCCUAUAUACAGCAUUAUUAGGAUCUCAUACUUUUUAUGUGUUGUUCUUACCGAUGCCUGUAUGGUUUGGUUAUUUUGAAACUACUAGGGAUCUGGUGUAUAUUCUAGGUUAUUCGAUCUAUCUUUCUGGGUUCUUAAAGGAUUAUUGGUGUUUACCUCGUCCCCAAUCACCUCCGGUGGAACGUGUAUCGUUGAGUCCCUACACUACAGAAGAAUAUGGUGCACCAAGUUCUCAUUCAGCAAAUGCUACUGCUGUAUCAUUAUAUUUCUUAGUACACCUUUACCAGUCCAAUUCUUCUUUAUCAAUGCUAGCUAAAUGUGGUUUCGCAUCAUUGAUAGUUUUCUAUUAUGCUACUUUAGUUCUAGGUAGAUUGUACUGUGGUAUGCAUGGUCUAUUAGAUGUUGUGACGGGUUCAUUAUGUGGUAUAUUUACAUAUGCAGUGCGUAUGUCGUUAAGAAAUUAUUUUAUCGAUUUUGAAAGUGGUGCCCUAUGGUGGUUCCCAAUAAUUAGUUUCUCGUGGGGGUUAUUCAUCCUAUUCAAACAUGUUAGACCCAUUGAUGAAUGUCCUUGUUUUGGUGAUAGUGUUGCAUUUAUAGGGGUCGCCUCAGGUUAUGAAUGUGGUGAUUGGUUUUUACAACAUGUCGCACCAUUAAUGAAAUGUGGUAAUAUGACUACAGAUGGUUAUAAAGUAUUUUUGAGACCUUUUGUCGCAGUGCCAAUGGUCCUAGUAUGGAAAUCUGUCAUUUCAAAACCAUUAGUCUAUAAUACUUUAAUUAAGGUUAUUCAUCUAAAGGAUGAUAGAGCUGAAAUAUCUGCAUUACGUACCAAAUCCAAGAAAUUCAAAGAAGAGAACAAUGAAUGUGUCGCACAUAUAGGUGAGGCUAACAUUGACAUUGUAGCAAGAUACAUCAUAUAUAUGGGUAUUCCCAUCACGGUCACUGUGGCAUGUCCAUUUGCUUUCACUUUGAUCGGAUUAUAA